UCGAUGUCCUGACAGAUGAUGGAGAAGAUUUUCAUUGUGAUUUUCCUGUUUGAGAUUCCGGCUUCACUUUCUGAUUCUUUUAUAGUUAAUGGUCCACGUCAGCCUGUCCUCACAGCUCUGGGGAACGAUGUCACUCUGGGAUGUUGGUUAACACCAGGAGUGGCUGCAGAUAUGAUGGACGUGGAAUGGAGUAAAUCUGAUUCUGGGGAUGUGGUGCAUUUAUAUACAAGUGGAGAGGAUCAACCUGAUGAACAACAUGAAGCCUACAGAGGAAGAACCGAGCUCAUUAGAGACGGGGUGACUCGAGGAAACGUGUCUCUCAGACUGAAGAACAUGAGGUGCUCAGACCAAGGAGAAUACACAUGUUUUGUGAAAUCAAGAACAGAUUCUGAUGAAACAACAGUGGUUGUGAAAGUUGAAGACCGCAGACGGCUGCCCUUGAUUUCCAUGGCAGGUUACCAGGACUCGAGACUUAAACUCACCUGUAAAUCAAAAGGCUGGUAUCCCGAACCUCGUGUGGUUUGGUUUGAUAGGAGUGGAGCAGAGGUGAAAGCCAAGACUGAAACAUGCACUCAGGGGUCUGAAGACUGUUGGAAAUGUGAAAGUAGCAUUGAUAUAACCAGAGAUUCUACAGACAGAUUCACGUGUCUGACAAGAAACUUUCUGGAGGAAAAGGAGGUGAAGAUCCAGGUAUCAGGUCAGUGA